UGUGGUCGCUCAGACAAUAGUUGCAGCUGUAACUCAACUCUGAGGAGCAGCAAUGAUGGAGACAGGAACCUCGUCUGCUAUUGACUGACUAGGAAAGAGUGAGCGUAAAGAGAAGGAGUAGGACAAGAAGGAAGGUUUGUUCAGCAGAGGGUUGUGUUGGGACAAACCUUUUGCCCAACAACUCCAAGAGAAGCCAAGGGGUUCAGUGGUUGGCAUCUCUGUCAAGGCACUACUAGCUUAUGCCUGGAUAUACAGGGAGCACAGGAAAGGAUUGCUCAGCAUUCAGAAAGGGAGCAGAGAGAUGCAGUUUCAGUCUACUCUACGUUGUCCAGAUACACACAGGCAGAUUUUGAGAUGGGACUGUACCAUGUGGGCUGUACUGUGCAGGAUUUGCUUUGUUCAUCUCAGUCAAAGCCAUUACUUUUGAACAAGCUUUUUUUCGAUGGACGCUGCACACAAUGACAUUGUUUUAAUCCAAGCUUUUGCUGCCAGCUGACAAAAUGUUGAAGUUCAAAUCUUUUUGUUUGGAUUACUGGCAGUUCCUCUGUCUCCAGCCUCUGCAUGGUUCCUAUAAAAGUGUGGAAGGUGAUGCUCCAGGUAGCCAGGUGGGUGCCUCUGUGGAUUCCGGCAGCGGCUACGGUUGCAUCCCAGUGACCCACAGCAGGGGGCUUGGCCCCGAUCACCUGGACAGCCAGCUCUGCGGACAAAUCUUGCUGCCCAGUCACCUGCGGCCCCGUCGACCCAAGCUUCAGCAUUCCCAGUCCAUCCUGCGCAAGCAGGCAGAGGAGGAGGCCAUCAAGCGCUCCCGCUCAUUGUCAGAGAGCUAUGAGCUCUCGUCAGACCUUCAGGACAAGCAGGUGGAGAUGCUAGAGCGUAAAUAUGGUGGGCGUUUCAUAACUCGGCAUGCAGCCCGCACCAUCCAAACAGCCUUCCGCCAGUACCAGAUGAACAAAAACUUUGAGCGUCUUAGAAGUUCUAUGUCUGAGAACCGUAUGUCCAGACGGAUUGUCCUAUCCAAUAUGAGAAUGCAGUUUUCCUUCGAAGGACCUGAAAAAGUCCACAGCUCCUACUUCGAAGGAAAGCAGGUCUCCCUAACAGAUGAUGGCACUAAAAUUGGUGCACUGGUAAAGCCAGAGCAUGGUGGGGAGAUGGGGGUGCAGGCCAAGACCCCCACGACACAGAGCGACUUCACAGAUGCUAUCACAGAACUAGAAGAUGCGUUCUCCAGGCAGGUCAAAUCUCUAGCUGAGUCCAUAGAUGAUGCUCUAAACUGUCGUAGUCUACAUGGUGAUGACAACCAGCUGGAGCCGGGUAGAGGCCACCAGGAUAUGGACAGAGAGGUCGGCUGUCAGGUGAAACCCUCCCACAGCACUUCAGAACACCGCAAACUGGAUGAGAUGACGGCAUCUUACAGCGAUGUUACCCUGUACAUUGAUGAAGAGGAACUGUCACCGCCACUGCCCCUGUCUCAAUCUGUGGACCGGCCCUCCAGCACAGAAUCGGACUUCCGUCAGCAUUCCCUCAAUUCCUCCCAGGACUACUGGUCAUUGGCUCAUAAUGAUGAGAAAGGGGACACAGACACCAGCUGCCGCAGUACACCAUCUCUGGAGUGCCAAGAGCAGCGCUUGCGGGUAGAUCACCUACCCUUACUGACCAUUGAGCCUCCAAGCGACAGCUCAGUGGAGUUGAGUGAUCGUUCUGACCGCAGCUCUUUGAAGAGACAGAACGCCUAUGAGCGGAGCCUCAGCAACCAGCAGAGCAGCCCCAAACACAUCAGCCACAGCCUGCCGCCUCGAGGGCCUUCCGGCGAGGAUGCCACUUGCCAUCGGCCACGACAAUUGGAGGCCCACCUCGCCAUCAAUGGCACCGCAAACCGGCAGAGCAAGUCAGAGUCAGAUUUUUCUGAUGGUGACAACGACAGCAUCAACAGCACAUCCAACUCCAACGACACCAUCAACUGCAGCUCUGAGUCCUCAUCCAGGGACAGCCUGAGGGAGCAGACACUUAGCAAGCAGACGUACCACAAAGAGACUCGCAACAGCUGGGACUCACCUGCCUUCAGUAAUGACAUCAUCCGCAAGAGGCACUACCGCAUUGGCCUAAACCUCUUCAACAAGAAACCAGAAAAAGGCAUCCAGUAUCUGAUAGAGCGAAACUUUGUUCCAGACACUCCAGUGGGUGUGGCUCACUUCCUGCUCCAGAGGAAAGGUUUGAGUAGGCAGAUGAUUGGCGAGUUCCUGGGUAACAGACAGAAACAAUUCAACCGAGAUGUCCUCGACUGCGUGGUGGAUGAAAUGGACUUCUCAGGUAUGGAGCUGGACGAAGCGCUCAGGAAAUUCCAGGCACAUAUCAGAGUGCAGGGAGAAGCACAGAAGGUGGAGCGGCUAAUAGAGGCCUACAGCCAACGUUAUUGCAUCUGUAACCCUGGUGUGGUGCGACAGUUCAGGAACCCCGACACCAUCUUCAUCCUGGCCUUUGCCAUCAUCCUCCUCAACACAGACAUGUACAGCCCAAACGUCAAGCCUGAAAGGAAGAUGAAGCUGGAGGACUUUGUUAAGAACCUUCGAGGAGUGGAUGAUGGGGAAGACAUCCCCCGAGAGAUGCUGGUAGGGAUAUAUGAGCGGAUUCGCAAGCGAGAGCUCAAGACUAAUGAAGACCAUGUGUCCCAGGUUCAGAAAGUGGAAAAACUCAUUGUUGGAAAAAAGCCGAUUGGCUCGUUACAUCAUGGCCUGGGCUGUGUAUUAUCCUUACCCCACCGGAGAUUGGUCUGUUACUGCAGACUUUUUGAAGUGCCCGACCCCAACAAACCACAAAAGUUGGGCCUGCACCAGAGGGAGAUCUUCCUUUUUAAUGACCUGCUAGUGGUUACUAAAAUUUUCCAAAAGAAGAAGAACUCUGUGACGUACAGCUUUCGGCAGUCCUUCUCACUUUAUGGCAUGCAAGUGCUGCUUUUUGAGAAUCAGUAUUACCCCAAUGGAGUUCGUCUAACAUCAGCCAUUCCCGGAGCUGACGUCAAAAUCCUCAUCAACUUCAAUGCACCCAAUCCUCAGGACCGCAAAAAGUUUACUGACGAUUUGCGAGAAUCUAUUGCUGAAGUCCAAGAGAUGGAGAAGUACCGGAUAGAAUCUGAACUAGAAAAACAAAAGGGGGUGGUGAGGCCCAGCAUGUCCCAGAGUUCAGGGUUAAAGAAGGAAACAGGCAACGGCAACCUCAGCCGAGCGAGCCUCGAUGACAGCUACGCCAUUGGUGAAGGCUUGAAGAGAAGCGCCCUCAGCAGCUCCCUACGUGACCUCUCAGAUGCAGGCAAGCGUGGAAGACGCAGCAGUGCAGGAUCACUAGACAGCAAUAUGGAAGGGUCAAUCAUUAGCAGUCCUCACAUGCGGCGAAGACCCCCCUCCAGCCGAGACUGCCCGUCCCGCCACAGUGGCCAGUCCCUGCCCAACUCCUCUUCACUGCUAGGAUCUUUGUUUGGUACCAGGCGGGUGAAGUCCCCAAGCCCCACCCCGCAGCCCCUGCACCCCACCCUCAUCGCCCACACCCCCCACCCUGCCAACCUGCAGCACACAGCCCGGGCGGAGACUGACGCGUCGGCCUCCAUGCACCCUCAUCAUGCUCAGUUCUGCCACAUGACCCAGAACCCCCCGCCUUACCAUCACCACCACCACUACCACCCUCCGGCCAACUUGCAGCACCCUCCACACCAGUACCACCCACCCCCUUCUCACGGCCAGCAGCCAGCCUACCCACCUCACCCUCACACACAGCACAGCCACGGAAGCCACUUGGCACACUCCUCCCACCCUGCUCUCGGCCCCCACCACCAUGGCCCGCCACCGGCACCCUCCCAGGCACCUAGCAGCACCAAGCCCAAGCACAGCGGCAUUAGUACGGUAGUCUGAGGUGCACGGGAGCUUUCUGGGCUCUCUGACUGAACUUUGAUUUUGCUCCAAGGCUCUCAGCUGAAGAGACGGUUGCACUGUGCAUCAUAGGUCUGGGCAUGUAAAGCUAGACGAGAUCCUGUGCCUCCGUCAGCAUUUUUUGUUACACUCAUCACAGGGGCAGUAUAUUUAAUAUAAACAUAUUUCCUUUCUAGUUACCCCUUUCAUUUCAUUUCAGGUCAUAGGUCAUGUCUGCCUGCUCCAGGAGCAACAGACAGCAACACACGAGAGCAUGCACAAAGACCACAACUACUGUUUCUCCUCAGUAAAUUAAAGGUUCUGUAUGUAACUUUCAGAAAAUCCUCCUUUAAUCCUCAAUAAUGACAUGAGUGGCUGUUGAGUGAACUGCAGUCAGCAAUCUCUUGAUCAAACUCGCACUCCUUAGGCACAAGCGAGCGCCUGUGCAUCAGCCAAAACAACGACAUGACAUACGCAAUACUGGGAAUGAUUGACUGCCAUCAUGUUGAUAGACUGCUGGAAAACAAAUUACAAUCAUUAUAUUUUAAUAACAUUACGAUUUGUAUUGUUCCUAUAUAUUUUUUUAUUGGCACCAUAAUACCUGCUAGCUUGCUGUCUGCAAAUAACUUUAUCAGCUGACGAUACAGAGCAACAAUCAAGAGAUCCAUGCCCCAUAGCUAAGUUCAAGCUCUCUGGCUAACCCUAGCUUACGUUAUAGUUAGCUCGUUGUCUGCCCCUGCCUUGCAUUGCUCUCUUGGCUAGUAAGCAAUGCUCGGUUAUACACCUUUGCUUUAUACCAUUGCACCAUUUAUUGUUUGCUAAAUCAACACUGUCAUAAUAUUUAAGUUAGUAUCAUGGGUCAUGUUAGCUGGUGAAUUAAUUUGGCAAGCUAGGGAACUAACAUAUCCACUCAGAUAUAUUUUGCUAGCAAAAACGUAAGCAUGCAAGCUGAGAUUACCUAGAUAGUUGUAACUAAGCUAUAAGUUUAAGUUUAGUUUAAGUUUAUUCACUUUAUUAAUCCCCCUGAGGGGAAAUUCAAUGUUUUCACUCUUGCUUGUCAAUUACACACAGGUCUGAAAGACACACACAUGCACAAACAGGACUUAUACAUGCACAAAGUGGAGAGAUCUCAGAGUGAGGGGGCUGCCCUUUGGUCAGGCGCCCCGAGCAGUUGCAUGGAUCUGUCAUUGGUUGCUUCGUAAUGUUGCUGAUAAAAGCAAUUUACAAACAGCAAGCUAGCCAGUUUGGCAUCCACAUCUGAUCAGAUAUUAUCCACUCAAGACAGCAUUUUGUUACUUUAGCUAACUGGCAAUUUGUCCACAUUAACAAGCAAGCUAAAGUUAGCUAACAUUAACCAGCACAAGCCAAAACAUCACAAUAUAUUUUACAUGUCAGUGUUCCAUCUAGGAUUUUUACAGCUUCGGGAAUCAGGGGGCACUGAAUUUAAUCAAUUUACCAUUUAUAAGACCACAAAUGAGAAUCAGCCAGCUAGCACAUCCUGGUGUCCCUUCGACCCCUGUCGCUAGGACACUACUUUACUGGGAAGAGAGCAACAGCUCCACAGAUGGAUCACUGAACCAACUCUAAUUCAGCCAAUGUACUCCAGCGCCAGGGGUAAUGGUGAGCUGGUGGCUGGGUCUAAUGUGUAACAGCAGCAACAGAAAGUAGCAGAAAGUUGGAGCUGUCUGGAAUCAGACCCUGUCACUCAGUUUAGGUCUGGCUGGAUUUAAGUAGCUAGUUAAAGUCUGUCUCCAGGCCGCCGCUGCCAAAGUUACACAAUGGAAACACAGUAUGUGUGGAUUUUUUGUUGUGGUGUGUGCCAGUUGUAUUUUAGCAGACUUCUUAGCUAACGUACGCUAACAUUAGAUUUACUGUUAGCGCUGUGAAGGAGCUGAAGACAGGCAAGGCACUUGGUAACAUGCAUUAACAUCAUGUCCUUUGAAUUUUUACUGCCCUGAGUCCUUUACAUAGACAUUAGUCCACAGGCUCUCAUCAGCAAACAAAGAAGUUGGGGAAUGUCUCAGUUUUUAUGUAACGAUCCGUUCACCCAUUGGCAAUAAAAUGAUAAAUACCUGUAAAAAGUAACAUACAGUACCUUUAAAGGAACAUGAUUAAAUAUUUUGCUUAUUAGUAUUUUACAGAAGAAGUAAACAGUAGUGAGGGGGGUUUGGCUGAAUAAGACAGACAGACAGACAUAAAUGAUCAUCCUCAGCAGUACAGUAGCUGUACAGGUAUGUAGCAAUAGCUCAGUGCACUGUGAUAUCUCUGUUAGCAGUGAUAAAUGUGCCAAUUAUGAAGCAUUUGCUAAUUUAGUCUCAGAAAUUGCUUUAUGUAGCUUAUAUUGUGCAUAGUAUUUUGUAAAAUAACAAUUUCAACUGUUAUUAUUAUAAUUAUUAUUAUUACAGAACAAAUGGCAUCAAUUAAAACUCUCAGUAUUAUAUUGGCACAUAAGUGGCAUAGUUUUACUGUUAAGAAACCAAUCAAAGCUUGUAAUAGUAGCCUAAGGCAAUUCAGUAAGCUGGAAUACUUAUAUGUUUAUAUGGUUGCCUUUGAGUUAGAACUCUGUUCAGAUUGUUGAAUGCCAGUACAGACGUGCACACCGGCCUGCCAAGUUUCAUCCACUGCAGUCAUCUUCGGUUCGAAGUCGCCUCUCCCGCUCUGGAAAAAAGGCAGCCAAAGUGAGCUGCUGAGCAAGCAGAUUCAUCUGAGUGUCUGCCCUUCAGUACUAGCUGCUUGUCUGCCAUCAUCUUAUUUUUUUAACUAUUUUUUAAAAGUCCAAUAAACAAAAUGAAAUGUGAUAUGCUGCACUGCAACCUGGUGGGAUUCUUCAAGUCCGUUCUGCAGGAGAAGGUUUUCCAAGUUUUUAAUGGAAACUGAGAGAGUCUGUGUGAACUGUGUAGCAGGGAAAACAGCACCAUGACUGUUUAAGUGUCUCCCCUGAUGUGGAAGCUCUCAGCUGGCUGAGUGUGCCCUGUCCCCCUUUGUUUUUUUUUUUGUGCGUCUCAUGAGCAGUGAGCACGUGGUGCAGUGCUGUUUACUCACUUGAUCUGACUUUUCAGAGCCACACGGACACCACAGUACAGAAAUCAGUAAUUAUCAUUCUGUGAUGGUGAUAGUACUCAUAUACGUCAUUCACCACAAAUGGCAGUUUUAUAUCAAUCAUCUGUCUGACAUAUUAUGGGAAAGCUGGUCGUACCUCCCAGCCAUCCUGUGCACAGUAUCUGCGGUGUGUGCAAAGCAGAGGCAGGGGGCUUGUGUGAUGGUGUAUAGUUUCUGUUGAAAGUGGUAGACACAGCACUUGUUCUUCUACUUAGUUGAUAUCAAUGGCAGAAGUUAGUCUGUAUCUCCUUAAAGACUUUGUGAUGGAUUGUUUUUUAACUUGUUUGUGCAAUUUGUAUUAACUUUUUUGUCUAAGACUAACUUCAGUGUGGUGGUUGUUCCAUUUUCUUUAGUUCUGUUAGUGUUGUCUUUUUUCCUCCAGCGUCCUUUGUCAUUUCUUCCUCAAUGUUUCUGUGAAGUGCAACUAUCCACAUGGAUUUGAAGGGACUGGACCUUCCACACUGAUAAAGAGUGUCAACCAAAAUAAUUGCAUGUAACAAUGUGUUUCAUGGCUAUUUUCUAACUAUUAUGUAUUCCUAAACUAUAUCAGUGUUACAACUGACAGUUGUUAAAAAUGAAUGGUAGAAUAGUUUUGAAUUCUUCAAUUACAGCUAACUUAAGUCAGCUAUGUAUUUGUGUCACUCCAGAGGAUAACCAAAUCUGUAUCUUUUCCUGAUCCACAUAGAGUAGUUUACUGGAUCUUUAGUGUACAACAGUGGCUAAAGCAGUGAGAGGAAAGGUAGAGGCAGCGUGACAAAAUAUGUACUCUGUCAUCUGGAAAUCAGAGUGAUAAUAGUGAUAUCAUCUGUCUCUGUCAGUGGCUCACACUGUUGUUAAGUGAUAGUCAGUACAUUAUUAUUCUUAAAUACUUGUUUCCUCAAGGUUUAAGUUAUCAAGGUACCACUUAAUAUAAAGUAACCUUUACAGAGGUUUUAUACAUUGUAACUAAUUGAUUAUUUAAUAAAGCCAAUUCAUUGUUAUAUGCAUUAAUGGUUAAUAAGUAAUUUGUUGAUGCUUUAUACAUCAGCAAUAAGUCUUUCAUAAGAACAACUUUUGAGUUGGCAUGUUCUAGAAAAAUCUCCUAGGCUGGUGUUUAUCCUCCAGCAAAUGUUAGUAAGUCACAUUUGUUGGUCCACUAAUCGACAGUAGGUGGCAGUAACACCCAGAGUAGCAUAGCAGUGUGCUGGCAAAAGUAAUGAAGGAAAAGACGGCAAACCAAGCUUCUGGGAAGUGCACUGGACUUUGACAUAUAUAUCUGCAGACACAUUCCAUUUGUAGCAUACACAAUACACCCCUACAAAACCGCGCCCACCACUAGUACAAAACAAAACCACCAACACAACAGCUAUCUGAACCCUGCUACAAUGCUACACCAUAGUGAAUAAGACGAAAUGUCGUAAUAAUUCACUUUAUAAUUUGUAAUACAUUAAGAUAUGAUUCACUUUGUAAGUACUGAGAUGUAACCCUUCCCAUUACCCUUAUCCUAAUCUUAACUGCCUCACUUUUAACAUAUUACUUCAUAGCUAAUGCCAGCUAAUUGCUAACUAAGCAUUUAGCAUAUAUAACAAGAUGUAGCCUUCCCAUUACCCUGACCCUAACCUUAAGCAUCUCUCUUUUAACGUAAUACUUCACAGCUAACUAAUCACUAACUUAGCAUUAGCAUAAGUAACAAGAUGUAGCCUACCCAUUACCCUUACCCUAACCUCAACCACCUCUCUUUUAACGUAAUACUUUACAGCUAGCUAUUGCUACCUUAGCAGUUUCACUGGGACUUCUGCUUUCAGGUCAAGGAGCGAAGGGUGCUGAUUGUGGGCUGAAAGGUAUAAUGGUUAUGUCGCUAGAAGGCUGGUCAUGUAGCUGCUCCAGCUGCACUUGUACCUCUCAGACUUUGAAACCAAUCUGACAUAGUGGCCAAACCCUGUAAUUCCAGGGUCCAUCACGUGAUGCCAUUGCACCCAAAAAACUUUUCCGCGUAGACUUACAUUGGGAAAGAGAUGUCUGUAAACCAGUGGAUACAUUUUUUUGAGUGUCUCAACACUCGUAAACUUACUCACUAUCGGGAUUUGAUCCAUACGGUCUCAUAACAUUUUAAAAGUCUGGAAGAGCUGCAAGAUUAAAUCAUUUUAUCCCCAUUUAAGUUAGCAGAGGGCUAAACCAGAGGCUAGCCGUUUGGCCAGCAGAAGCUAGCUGCUCAGCUGGCAAAGUUGUUAGUGCCCUUGUUCUGUGGGCCCAAUGACACAAAAGACUGGGGUAAUUUUACACCCAGGAGGUCAAAGUUUUUUUAGCCACAGGGGCCACUGAGAAACUUUCAUAAGAGUGAUGGGGACCCCACCUGCAACACUGUACCCAGUACUUUUAAUGCAUCUAUGCUGCACACUAGCAAACAUCAAUGUAAAUAUUGCACAAUUUAACAAAGAAAUCAGCUCUAUGAAUGUUUAUUAAGGAAGAAUGUGCACUCAGUGUGCCUAUUUGACCUUAAGGAUACACAUAAUAAACUUUGGUGAGACACACCCAAAUUUGUUGCAUAUAAUAUUACUUUUAUUCAUUGCCAAGAAAACUCCAGGGCAGCCUUAAGUGAUUAGUCUUCAUAUUUAACCAGACCUAGCUGAAAAAGACAAUGCGGGUGACAUGCCAGGCCGAGUUUCCCAGUGUGUUUUAAAGCAUAGCCACACAACACAUGCACAUUAAGAAAACACCCCCAAAUUCAGAAAACACAUUCACUGAUUUCGCAACACAUACCCUGCAAAUCCUCACAACACAAGCAAAUGAGAUAACGCGAUGCAAAUGCUCACAACACAGGCAAGAAGCUGAACGCUCCGCAAAAACGAAAACACACACCAAAUUGAAGACCACAACGGAAAUGUUUCCAGGGGGACCGUAAUCAGUGACAUACUUACUGGUUGUUGACAUUUCCAGACUUUCUUCAAGUCCGGUCCGAGCAUCUAAGUUGUUUUUGGGCAUCCACGUUUCCCUCACUUGCAUCUCUUCCUUGUAGGACACGGGGGAGAGAUGCGAGGAUGAGACAUGAGUAGAGAAGAAACGAGGAGAUAUAUCUGUCGAGAAAUGAGUCAUCUUUUCCUCUGAAGCGUCACAUGAAGCGACGUCCAUUUCUAAUGACGGCGGCAGCUGAUCAGUUAUCACAUGAUGUUAUAGAAACAUAUAUAAUGAUAAAGAUACAGAUACAGUUAUCAGUAACAGAGCAGCAGUGUUUUCUCUCUGUCUAACAAUCACCUGCACAUGAACAACAACCUGCGUUCUGUAUUUAUAAUCUGACCUGUGUCCUGCUCAGUCACAGAAUGUCUUUCUAUGAUUUAUUCAUUAUUUGCUGCUGUAUUUAUUGAUAUUCUGAUUGUUAGUUCAUUAUUUAAUAACCCAGAACAUGAUCAUGGUGUCUUUAAACACUGGAAAUAAUUUAUUAGGCCAAAUGUUUCAGAGAAAAUUAAAAUUCUGUAACUCAUCAACCUGACGCUCAGGAAUGAUCAGCCUCAGUGUGACUGAAUGGAAAAGGCAAUCACUGAUGUAAAAGUGUUUCCUGUUGACAGACAGGCUCUCUGACAGACAGGCUCUCUGACAGACAGACUCUCUGACAGACAGACUCUUUGAUUGUAUCUAUAAUUAAAGUUGAUGAGGGAAAUAACAGAUCGUGAAGAGAACACUCUUUCUAAUAAAUGAAGAGUCGUUUGUUUCCUUUUCUUGUUCAGAUUUUUAACUCGAUGGUGAAUUAGAAAACAAAUAAAAUAUAAAACGUGGCAGUGAUACAUUUGAGUUGAAUCUGUUAUCUGUCUUCACUCUGUAUGAAACUCCAGUGAUGUAGGGAUGUAUCAGAUCAGUCUGAUCAGCUACAGCGCUGCGCUGUCCAAUCAAUAACUGAUAUCCAAUAAGGGGGUGUAUCGGUUGGUAAACGGCUGCACUCUCUUCCCCCUCCUCUGAAAGCCUGCUCUCUCCUUGACUCCUCUGAGUGCAUUUAACGAAUUGAGACGUUGUACAAGAUGGUGAGUCUCAAAUCAAUUUCCGGGUCAAGUGACCGAGGAUUGAGGACGGAGGAGUUGAGGAGGGAUAUUGGGAUGAAACCAUCUGCGCCCAAAAGCAGGUCCGUGAGUGAUUACGGUCCAACAUUUCCGUUGUCGCCUUCAAGUUGGCGUGUGUUUUCGUUUUUGCGGAGCGUUCAGCUUCUUGCCUGUGUUGUGUGCAUUUCCAUCCCGUUAUAUUAUUUGCUUGUGUUGUGAGGAUUUGCAGCGUUUUCUUAUUUGCUUGUGUUGUGAGGAUUUGCAGCUUAUGUAUUGCGAAAUUGAUGAAUGUGUUUUCUGAAUUUGGGGGUGUUUUCUUAAUGUGCGUGUGUUGUGUGAAUUUGCGUGUGUUGUGGAAUUUGCGUGUGUUGUGACAUCUCUUGGCCACCGUAGAAAUAGACCAUCUCCACUAAACAACAUACGGAAUUUAUUCAGUAUUAACAAACCAUUAACCUUCUGGAAAAAGAGCACAGUUAAUGUUCCUCACAAUGAAUGCCAUAUAUUCAUUGGCGCUGGCUGUUGUUUAGGCCACCCUGUAACCACUUUGUUCACUAGACAAGUUUGCUGGAGGAGGAUAAACUCCUACCAAAGAGGUUUUACACAACCUGGCAAUCCAAAUGUUCUAUAGCUUAUUGCUGAGUUUUUAUUAUAUUAUAUUAAGUUUUUAUUAACCAUUAAUGAAGCCAUUAGUUUCCACCUAUGAACCCUCUAUAAAGGGUGCCUGAUUAGACAGUAGUACUGUUAAAAUAUCUGUCAUGAUCCACAACACAUUUUGCAGGCUUUAUGUACUGUAGGCUACUCUACAAUCUAACAUUUUACUGAUCUGUCAAAUAUACAGCAUUUAAUCCAGCAAAGUUUAGGUUGUAUAGAGUCAGAAAAGUGCCAAUAUUGCAUGGUUAUUACAAUUUAAAUCAGUUACAAAAUCAAUUGGGGGCCAAAUUUAAUCGACCCAGCACAACCUUACAGUUGACCAAUCAUAACUCUGUCCUCAGACCAAAGUCUGAUUACUAACUGGGAUCAUGAUGGAAACACCAGCCAAGAAGAAACCUAGCUUUAUUAGAUAUUGGUGGUUUCAUAACCCACCAGGUCCUUCAGACGUCUGAUCAAAAAACCUGUCCAGAUUCUGUGUGAGGUGGUUUGUUGCAUGCCAUUGAUGCCUAUCGUUUCUUUUUCUUUUCUUUUCUCUCUUUUGUUGUGUUGUGCAUAACUAAGUCCCUACCUUUCAAUGUAGCUUUUAUUUCUCUAAAUUAUGCUUGUUUACAUUUAGAUGAUAUCUGGCUGCUAGUGUGUCUUUUCAUUUACAAUUAGAGUAUGUCAUUAUACUCUGCAUUUCACCUCUAUUUCCAUUGUAUAGUAUAAAGACAUGGCAGUAUACUGCUGAGUGUAAAUAGCAAAUCCAUCUGUGGGAAUCUAAUGUCAUUUGAUGAAGAGGCUCUGAAACAGAGUGAACCUUUUAAGUAUGGGUGGAUAGUAAUGAGAAAACAUGUAAAUAGUCUGUAAAUUACAAUUAUCAUUAUUAUUAUUGUUAAUAAUAAUAAUAUUAUUAUUACUACUACUCCUCAAUAUCUGCAUUACAUUGAAGAUGCAUUUCUGCUCCCCUCUGAUAUUUACAUAAUCAUCAACUGCUUCUCUCUGCCUCCAACAGGACUGAAUUAUCAUAGGAUCUAGAGAUGAACAGCCAACUGUUACACAGUUAACACGGCUUCUAACAUACUUCCUGAGAUGCUCCUAUUCUCUCACACUCACAGCCCACUUUUGAAGUCAAAGGGAAGGGAGGAGUGCUCUUAUUUUAUUAUGCAUUCUGUUUCUAAGUAGACACACUGCUAUUGAUGUAAAACUAGUACUGU